ACCAUUACAAGUUAUUCUUUAUCACGGACUAUUGAUGUUUUACAAAUUAGAAGUUUUUAAUUGCCUCGAAUUCAGAAACUAGAUCCAACAGGAACAAUUGCAUCUUGAAACAUUCCAGUGUUAAGAAGUAUGCAUAUCUGUUAUUUUUGUAUCUAUUGCAUUAUAUCUCUAAAUGGUCCAUACUUAAUUACCAAUAUUUUGCAGAAAAUGGAAUCCCUUGUUACAGUAAGUACCGAAAAUUUGACCAUUUUCUCUGAGAACUCCACCAUGGCGUUUGCUGAUGUACUAACAACGAUGAUCGGACCUCGAGCUAUGCAGCAAAUUAUGUCUUUCUAUAAUAAAACUGUAGUGGAUAAAGUACCUCCGGAUAUGAUACACUUAAUCGAUCUACAUUGGUUACUUUCGAUUUCUCCAUAUUCUUACACCAUUUGUGUUUGUAAAGUAAAUCUCACUGAACUUUGGAAUUACAGGUAUCAGUUUCCACCGAUAGAUCCAAUAUGGCACAAAAUUCUAGGCCUUGUGAUGAUUGUAUUAGGGUUUAUGGGAUGGUGUGGAAAUGGUGUUGUAGUAUAUGUGUUCUUGAUGACACCCUCCUUAAGAACACCGAGCAAUCUUCUAGUGGUAAAUUUGGCGUUUUCGGAUUUCAUCAUGAUGAUCAUUAUGACGCCUCAUAUGGUAAUCAAUUGCUACUAUGAGACCUGGAUAUUAGGAUCGCUAAUGUGCGACAUACAUGCCAUGGUUGGUUCCUUAUGUGGAUGCGCUUCAAUAUGGACUAUGACUGCUAUUGCUUUGGACAGAUAUAAUGUUAUAGUAAAGGGUAUGGCGGGAAAGCCACUCACCAUUAAGAAAGCACUGCUCGAAAUUUUAAUAAUCUGGUUCUUCGGUUCAAUAUGGGCAAUUUUGCCCAUGGUGGGAUGGAAUAGAUAUGUGCCAGAAGGCAAUAUGACCGCUUGUGGUACAGAUUAUCUUGCCAAGGAUUGGAGUUCUAAAUCGUACAUCUUGGUAUACUCGAUAUUUGUGUAUUAUACGCCGCUGCUUACUAUAAUUUACAGCUAUUAUUUUAUCGUUUCGACAGUAGCUGCUCAUGAAAGAUCAAUGAGAGAACAAGCUAAGAAAAUGAAUGUUCAAUCUUUGCGAUCUGGAGAUAAUCAAAACAUAAGUGCAGAAGCAAAACUGGCAAAGGUGGCACUAAUGACCAUUUCUUUAUGGUUCAUGGCUUGGACACCGUAUCUGGUUAUUAAUUAUAUCGGCAUUUUCGAUGUUGCUAAAAUUAGUCCUCUUUUCACCAUUUGGGGAUCUCUCUUUGCAAAAGCAAACGCUAUAUAUAAUCCAAUUGUUUAUGGAAUAAGUCAUCCAAAAUAUAGAGCGGCGCUAAAGGAAAAAUUACCUUUCUUUGUAUGUGGCUCGACUGAGGAUCCAACUGUGGCUGCAAAAAAUGCGGAAACAUCAUCUACUACGACUGCAACAUAAUUUCAAGAAAACAAUGUAUUGUAAUUUCUAAAUAUUGUGAUAUAUGUUUAGGGUGUGUUUCUCGAGGAAACGAAUCAAUAAUAUUGGAUAUAUUAUAUACACGUGUAUAUGUGCGUGCGUGCGUGCGUGCGUGCAUGCGUGCGUGCGUGCGUGUAUGUUUGUGUGAUAAAUGUAAAACAUAUGAAACAUUUGUGAUUUGUAAAGCUUCAAUAAUUGGUGAUUAUGCAAAAAGCUAUAUAUAUAGAAACUGAGUGGGCUGAUUCCAUGAUAUAUGCUGUACAUGAUGAAUUCUCAUUUUAUUUAAAAUCUUUUUUGUUCUUUACUUUUAUUGCAGAUGUUAAAUAUUUGCAGGAAUAAAUGAUAGAAGGCAUUUAGUGCCAAUUGUAUUAGGCAGAAGGAUAUUAUUCAAUAAGUCAUUUGGCAUGUAUUGAUUUAGUAGAAUCUAUAGAAUCUUAAGAUAUAAUAAAAAGAAUACUAGUGCAUAGUAUUAGAUGCGUGUAUAUGUGUCCCAUUUUAAUUAAAACAGCUAAUUUCUGGAAAUUAUGAAACUUUAGAGAAAAAUGUUUCAGACAGAAGUUGCAUAACUUGAGGGGGACAUAAGAUUGGUUUGACCUUGGAUAAUUAUUUGAAGAUCACGUGAAGGUCAUCUUCAAUUUCUUAAAUAGAACCCUCCAUCUUUUUUUUAUAUG